ACGAGAUCCGUCUGGGAAAGGCCAAAACAGCAGGGCCACUUACGGUGAGAUGCCGAUGCCGGGCCCAAGUAGACCCGCGUGGACCACCUCAGGGGCAGUGCACACAGUGCUUCGUGUCUGAUCGACGGGUGUGUGCCCUCACAGAAGAAACAAAAUGUCUCAAAAGCAGAUGAAGGAAGCUUUUGUCAGUAAUCUCAACGGGACCAGCGUGCUGGAAGUGACCCAGGGCUUGUGCUUCCCUGCAUUCUGUAUCCUGUGUCGAGGCCUUUUGAUCAUUUUCUCACAGCACGUGUGUUCUUUCUCACACAGCUGGAGCACACGCUUCUUCAUGGACUUUGUUGUCCUUGUAGUCCCCUUGGUGAUCACUAUGACUCUGUUGUCUCCGUUUAUCCUACUUGAGAAUCUCACUGCAGUUGCCUGUGGGGCAUGGCUGUUGUAUCAGAUAUACCAGAGGAGGACUUGCCAAGCCAAAGUGCCUGUUCAGAAGGUCUUUGCAAACUUCUUGCAAAUCAGCCUAGAAUCAGAGUACAGUCCAGCCGUCACUUAUUACCGGGUCAUUAAUAGUGUGUUUACUGCUAUUGCCAUUUUGGCUGUGGAUUUCCCACUGUUCCCUAGAAGAUUUGCCAAAACUGAGCUUUAUGGGACAGGGGCAAUGGAUUAUGGAGUAGGUGGCUUUAUUUUUGGGGCUGCAAUGGUUUGUCCAGAGGUUAGAGGGAAACAUGUAGAAGGGUCCAGAUUUAAUUAUCUUAGAAAAUCACUGUAUUCUGUCUGGCCCUUAGUUGUCUUAGGAAUGGGACGGUUAGUCAUUAUAAAAUCCAUAGGCUAUCAGGAACAUUUAACUGAAUAUGGUGUUCACUGGAAUUUUUUCUUUACUAUCGUAGUUGUGAAAUUAGUAACAUCACUUCUUUUGAUUAUUUUUCCUUUAAAUAAGUCCUGGGUUGUGGCUGUUAGCCUUGCUGUGUUAUACCAGCUAGCUCUUGACUUUACUCCACUCAAGAGGAUAAUUUUGUAUGGCACUGAUGGUAGUGGCACGAGAGUGGGCUUACUAAAUGCCAACCGGGAAGGCAUAAUUUCCUCUUUGGGGUAUGUGACAAUAUACAUGGCUGGCGUGCAAACAGGGUCGUCUGUGCUUAAGAAUAGAACACACAUCAGAGACUGGAUAAAAGUGACUUGUUGUAUUCUCUUAGUGGCUGUUAGCUUUUUCAUUUCUCUUUAUAUAGUUCAAGUGAAUGUAGAAGCCGUAUCUCGUAGAAUGGCCAAUUUAGCCUUUUGUGUGUGGGUGGUUGCUUCUAGCCUGAUGCUUCUUAGCUGUCUGUUACUGAGUGAUAUAAUUUUGAGUUUUGCCAAAUUUCUAAUUAAAGGGGCUCUAGUACCAUGUUCUUGGAAACUUAUACAGUUGCCUGCUACAAAUAAAAAACAUUCCAAACCUCUAAUCCUAGAAGCUGGGAAAAAAGAGCCCAGUCUUUGUUUAAUCACAGCUCUGAACAGAAACCAGCUGUUUUUUUUCUUACUGUCAAAUGUAACAACUGGUCUCAUUAACCUGACAGUGGAUACACUGCACAGUGGUGCCUCCUGGACUUUAGUUGUGCUUGGUAUUUAUAUGUUUGCCAACUGCUUAGUUAUCUAUCUACUUGAUUUACAAGGUAAAACCACAAAGUUUUGGUGAUGAAUUUGUAGGCUAUAUAUAUUUGAACAGCAUUAUUUUAGUGGAGGAGAAUAAAUGUGAAGGAAAUGUGCUCUCAGCAAUCCAGUCUUCUGUUUUUGUUUUUUUUUUUUUUCAUUUGUUUGUUUUUGUUUUUUCGAGACAGGGUUUCUCUGUGGCUUUGGAGCCUGUCCUGAACUAGCUCUGUAGAUCAGGCUGGUCUCGAACUCACAGAGAUCCGCCUGCCUCUGCCUCCCGAGUGCUGGGAUUAAAGGCGUGCGCCACCACCACCCGGCUUUUUUAUUUUUUCCAUCUCUUUAAAAAUUGCCCACGGGUAAGACUACACACACAUCACUGGGCACUGGGGGAGGACACUCGCUGUAAGCAUGGCCUGGCCUGCAAGGGUGAUGGGGGCGUGGAUCUGGCCUCACUGUGGCCACUGGUGAAGGAUGGAAAUGAGCUGGUCAGCCUCAGCAAAGACUGGGAGCAGCGGUCGAGGGAAAGACGUGCGGUGGAUGUGAAGCACCGUCCCUGAGGCAGGCUCACAGAAGACCAGCUCUCCUGCUUGGAGGUCCAGCAGCACGCCCAGUUGUGCUGGGUACCGAAACAACACCAGAGGCUCAUGCUGCCCAUUGUGUGAAAAAUGGAACUCUUGAUCAUAACGGGAGAAGACCCAGGAGAAGGCAGGCAUUGUGGUCCAGGCGGCAGUUCCUACCAGAACCCUUUCUAGGCAGCUGGGCUGAGGCUACACCCUCUCUAUAAGCACAGCUGUGCUGAACAUUCACUAUCCAGGCAUGGAGUCCGGCCGGAAGGUGGUGGCAGCCAAGGCAUUAGGCCAGAGGUCAAAGAGCUCUGGGUCAUCUGAGCAGGCUUGGACCUCUUGGCACUGAAGGUCAGGGUCCUUCAAUCUUCAGACAAAUGCAACAAGGGGUUGACAGUCCUUUCAUUGACAUCUCCUCCAUGCCUGAGAGAGCCCCGAGACCCGAUGUUGCCCAGAGCUGAGUCAGUAGUGGGCUCCAAGCACUCUUCUAGUUAAAGCUUAAUUUGUCCGACUCCUGGGGAUCCAAAAUGCCCUCUGCUUCCUCAGCUCUCUCAACAAUCUCGUGAAUACGCUGGAGGUCAUCCAGAUGAGUGAGCAUGCCCACCAGGCUGGUACAGAGGGUGUCCAGCUUUUUCAAUGCCUCAGUCCAAUGUGCCCGCUGAGUCAGGAUACUCUGGUGAGCCCGCUCCUCUUCCCUGAGCACUUGCUCCAGCAAUCACUGUUCCUCAGGCUCACACAGGUUCCUCACCAGGCUCAACCUCUGGAUAACCAGCUCCCUCGCUGCACUAGCCGUGCUCACUGCUUCUGGUUCUUCCCUUGCAGGACCUCCACCACUUUCUUGGUGAUGCCAGCGCUCUGUAACUGCAGCCUCUCACAUUGGUCCACAAUCUUGUUUCGCAGCUCCUUGGCGGAUGCGGUGCCCAUCACAGCAGCUGCCCAACCUGACGCAGGCGGCGCAUACCGCAUACCAGCCAUCUCUCGAAGAGGCAGAACUCGCUCAGAGGCUCUCUGUGCUCGGAACAGAACUGGUCCGGCUCUGAUUCCAGCCGGGCUAUGUUGAGAGACCCUCAUGAAAAAAAAAAAGCGAAACAAAGUCUUGUGACUUACUGGAACUUAUGUCAGUAUUUUAAAGACCUUGUUCACAGGAUUUCAUUUUGUCUGGAGCUCACUGUGGUGCUUGUACCUCAGCCUCAGCACAGGAAUUUCAGGCAUGAGCCACCACACCCGACCUGUCGGUAGUUUUGACACUGGAAAAUGGAGGGUGGGAUUUUUUACUGUCUAUAUAUCAUUCCAUUGUAUUUGUGAUUGUUUGUAUGAAUAUAUAUUGUAAAAUUAUUUUUGUGUUACAUGAUGUUUACAUUAAGAUAUUUAUGAAUUGUCAUUUAAAAUUUUUGUAUGUGUGUAUAUUUUGCCUACAUGUAUGUACAUCACAGGUGUGCAUAGCUCACAGAGGCCAGAAAAGGGGGUUAGAUACCUUGGGCCUGGAGUUACAAAUAGUUGUGAGCUGCCAUAUAUGAGUGCUAGGAAUUGAAUGAACCUGGGGCCUCUGGAAGAGAAGGAAGUACUCUGAAUCACUAAGCCAUUUUUUUCCACUUCCUUUAUUUCAUUUAAUUGGGAAUCUCACUAUGUGUGCUGAUCUGGAACUCAAUCUGUAGACCAGGCUGUCCUCAAACUCAUAGAGAUCCGAUAUCCUUUGCUUCCUGAGAGUUCGAAUCAAAAGUAUGUACCACCAUGACUAGAAAAUACAGAUUUUCAAUAUAUCUUCUUAAAGUUUUCUUUUUAUUAAAUUUAUUCCUUUCUU